UAUAUACACUGUAUUGCCAAAGGUAUUGGGACCCCACCAAAUCAUGUGAUUCAGGUGUUCCAAUCCCCUCCAUAUCAUGUGAUUCAGGUGUUCCAAUCCCCUCCAUAUCAUGUGAUUCAGGUGUUCCAAUCCCCUCCAAAUCAUGUGAUUCAGGUGUUCCAAUCCCCUCCAUAUCAUGUGAUUCAGGUGUUCCAAUCCCCUCCCAGUCAUGUGAUUCAGGUGUUCCAAUACCCUCCUAGUCAUGUGAUUCAGGUGUUCCAAUCCCCUCCCUAUCAUGUGAUUCAGGUGUUCCAAUCCCCUCCAUAUCAUGUGAUUCAGGUGUUCCAAUCCCCUCCCAAUCAUGUGAUUCAGGUGUUCCAAUCCCCUCCAUGGACACAGGUGUAUACAAUCAAGCCCCUAGGCAUGCAGGCUGCUUCUACAAACAUUGGUGAAAGAAUGGGUCGCUCUCAGGAUCUCUCGGUGACUCCAAGCGUGGUCCCGUGAUAGGUGGCCACCUGGGCAAUAAGUCCAUCCGGGACAUUUCCUGGCUACUAAAUAUUCCACGCUCAACUGUUAGUGGGAUUAUAACAAAGUGGAAGCCACUGGGAACAACAGCCACUCAG